GCUGCAGGGCUCGUCAACAUCUUGCUAGUCACGUGAGUAUCCUGAACGAGAACCGUCACACAAGCGGCCAUAUAUCGGAUGGGCUGACCUUGCUAGGUGGUGUGGCUUUGGGUUUGUCCUUGUACUUGUCAACCUCCUCUCUCUCUCUCUCUCUCUCUCUCCCUCUCACUCAAUAUUGGUCCCCGGCCCUUCUGUCCCUCUGCAACUAAGACUCCUCCUCUGUGCCCCCCUCCUCCUCUGUCCCAUCCUCUCCCUCCGCACCGCCGUCUGUGCUGUUGGGCUUGCGGGGUGCGGCGUGGCCGGCGGUCGGUGUCCCACAGACGUGUCGAGGCUCGGGUAGAAUCUGGAGCCGGGUUCUUGGGUGCCGAUCUUGCCGAUCCCCUGGUAGCUUUGGUCUUAUUUGGGAGGGGGCUUCCGAUCUUGCCGAUCCCCUGGUAGCUUUGGUCUUAUUUGGGAGGGGGCUUCUCGAAUCCGUCGUUCUGGACGACACGCACAUAUUCAUUCAUUUAUAUGGAUGGAUGGAUGAAUGGCUGUCUCUUCGCGUACCCAGACGGACUUCUGGUCGUUUCGGGGGAAGUUGGGCACGUUCUGGGUGAGUUUGCGGAACCACCGCCCGCCGCCGCCUUGCGCUUCGCCAUGGCGGCUGCCAACCAACAGCAAACACACACAGCAGGUGUGACGCAAGAAAAUUUGUGUGUGAGUGCUUGUUUGAUCGUGCGUACGAGUUGGCUUGGUGAAUUUGGACGUCGAAGUCGAAGUCGAGCCCGAGCCGCCCGCGAGCAGCGCCUGGGCGAGCUGAGAAAAGACACAAGCACAGAGGCAGACACGUGUGGGAGACGAUGUAUGUCGAUUCAUCUCAUGGAUGGUGGAGUCGUCUUGGGCGACACAGCCAACACCGACUGCGGCGCAUCACCACUAGCACCUGCAAAGAUAUACGAGACUCACACGACAAACCAGCAGACACAGUGUGUGUUGUAUUCAUUCUUGUGUGUGUGGGGCAUGUGUGUGUGUGUGUGUGUCCGUACUCGACAACGGCAUCACGUCUCCGAGCUUUGAGACCGACACGGGCAGCUUGGACGACGGGCUCGAACUGGCACCAGCAGAACCACCAACACACACCUGACACACAGCACACAACACAGCACAGCACCAGAGACAGAUGGAUGUGUACACGCAACCAGAAAGGACCCCGGAGAUCCGUGUGCUGUGUUGUGUCUUGUCUUGUGUGUGGCGUACUGUACCUGGCUGGCAGACGGUCCCUGCAACACGGGCAUCUUGGACACCGGGGCGGCCCCAGCGACUCCAACACCAACAUCAACACCCUUAGACAUGGCCGCACCCAUUGCAGCCUGACCCACACGGCCCGACACACCCAUUGCGACACACAACAGCACUGCCGGCAAUUACGUGUGUGUGCGCACUACCUGGAGAUUUUUGGUAUCGUGUACCUUGAGCUGAGUGCCACCACCCACACCGACACCGACACCGACAACGGCACCGCCACCACCUGCAUUCAUUCAUUCAUUAGUCAGUGAAUGCAAUGUUUGUCUGUCCAGUGUGGUGUGGCAACCUUGCCCUGCCUUUCUAUGUCUGCGUACAUACCGUCAGUGCGGGGGUUGAGUACAGGUGACGGCACCGUCGUCUCGGAGACUCUCUCAACCACAGCCCCGUCACCUACGGCGUGCACCGGGCCACCCGCACCGCUAGCAGCCCCGUCCUGAACCACACACACAGACACACAGACACACCGUCUCUGUGUUAGUUGGUUGGUUGGUUGUGUCGUGUGUGUCAUGAGGGCAUGCGCUUGUCUGUCUGUCUGUCUGUCUGUCUGUUCCAUCCAUCCAUCCAUCCAUGACCUUGAGUAUUUUGCCGGAUUUGUUCAAGCACUGGGCAGGUUCUCGCAAGCGCCAACGUGUUGUGCACCGACCUACGUGUAGCCGCCAGAUGUUUUUUCAGUGGUCGAAAUGCGGCCAUCCAUCACACACAAAGCAGAGGAAAAUGGCGAUCAAACCAACCACAGAUCUCCCAAAAUCUUCCUACCGUCUUGAGGUACGCGUAGCCGCCAUGGUUGCCAUUGAAGUUAGCCGUGUUUGGCGCCAUGGCCCUGCAGUAGUGAAGGGCACGGCGUCGACAAUUGACGCGCUUGCCUGCCAGUACGUAGCCGCCAUACGCACCACGAAAGGCCCUCCAUAUCCACCAGACCCCAUACGAGCCUGCUGCCUUUGCAUACAUCACACACACAACCAACAGACAAACACGGUGACGGUGAGCGGCUGGUGCGUCAGUUGUCUGUCUCUCCUCUCUGCUGUGCUGUAUGCCUGCCUGUCUGUCUGUCUGUCUGUCUACGUACAUGGGGCGCCGUAUGGUGGCUGUUGCUCGUGCUGCUUCCGCUGCUCGACAGCUGGUCAGCCACCUCGACAGCUUGGUCACUGAAGUAAUCAAUGACGCGAGCGAAAGUGAUGGAAUAUGAGACUUCGAGAUAUAAAAUGUAGGCAACGAUCUGCAGACACACCAAUUUGACGCCGGCCAUGAGGGGCGUCGACAUACAUGACAUCGCUUGUGCACCAUCUUGGCCCUUCUGUCUACAGCAGCGUGAAGACCUCUACCUCGUUCGUAAGAAACUCAUUUAUCUGGCACCCCCCGGCCCCGGCUUCCGCUGCUGUCGUCUCCUCCCAUCUCACCCGCACACAGCACCGUCCAUCCGUCGCUUCCUGCACCUGCCCCACAAGGGCGGGCGUCCACAGCCCCAGCCACUCCCGAAUUGGCCGCGACCGACCGGCCCACUCUCAGCUUGGCCGCCCAUUGACAUGCCAUCGGCCGCUGGCGAGACACUGACACACUGGGGUGUGACGGCCGGGGAUUGGAAGAUGGGGUGGGAGGGGCCAGGUGCCUUGAAGACCAGGGCGUCUACCGUGAAGUGGUGGUCGGUGGCCGCGUGAGAGUGUGGAAGUAGGGGCGGCUGGAUGCUGUCGUCGAUGAAGCAGCCGUGCAUGCCUCCAUUGCUCCGGGUGAGGAACAGCAGGCAGCUCGCAUCGCCCAAGCGGGUGAGCAUGUCGGUGAACUCGAAGCCGUCCACCGUAGCCCUGCAGCCAGCCGCCCACACAAAGCAGCAGGUGACAGACUCCUCUCCAUCCGUUGCCUCCUUACUUGUAAAGCAGCCGGGUGCCUGUGAUUUGUUUGCCCGUCUGCUGCAGUAUGCCCACCCACUCAGCCAGGCAGCCGACGGGGACGUAUCCAAAUGUUGUGGGUGGCUUCAUCAAUGUGUGUACAGCCCCUGAGGACAAGACAAGUGGAUCCAUACCCAUACAUCCACACUCCCCCACACACAUGUGUACGCAUCGAUCGGCCGCGAGAGCACCUUUUGCUCUCUUGUGCGCG